AUUCGCCAUGGCACAUUAGCUAGUGUGUGAGGAGCUACAGUGGGAAAUUGAGAGUAGAUGGUCCUUAAAUGUACUGGAUAAAUAUACUCUACAUCUCCCAGAAUUGGUCAUAUGAACGUUUGGCAAAUAUUAAGCCCUCUUCUGCUUUCAUAAACUAUUCACUGAACGAUAUUAGAGUAAUUGUACAACACGUUUAAAGGCCUGUAAAGACGUAUGCUAGCUUACACUUGCUAACCAACGUAAACGCGGUUGAGCUAUCGCAGCUUUUACCUUUACUGAAGUGGUUAGUGUCACUAGCUAAUGUCGGCUAUCAUUCUAGACACUCAAGUUACGUUACCGUAGAUAACGUUAACUCUGGCCGUGGUGGAGAGAACAUUCGGUUGGAUCUAAAAUGUUCAUUGAAAACCUCGAUGCCUUGAAAACAUGGCUGUCUGAAACCCUCGAGCCCAUCUGUGAUGCAGAUCCCUCUGCACUCGCAAAGUAUGUCGUUGCAUUGGUGAAAAAAGAUAAAACUGAAAAGGAACUUAAAGCCCUUUGUAUCGACCAGUUGGACGUAUUUCUCCAGAAAGAGACCCAGCAAUUUGUGGAUAAGCUCUUUGAAGCUAUUAAUAACAAAAACUACCUCCCCCAGACAGAGCAACCAGCUUUACUGAUAAAAGUUGAGAAAGAUGAACAGAAAAAAGACGAGACAAAUCGGGAAGAGGAAAGGGAGAAAAAAUUUUCUCGCAGAGUGAAUCACAGUCCUCCACAAUCUAGCUCUCGCUACAGCAGAGAUAGCAGGAGAGGAGAUGACCGCAAGAGGGAUGACCGUUCCAGGAAGCGAGAUUAUGACCGGAAUCCACCAAGGAGAGAUUCCUACCGUGAUCGCUACAAUCGCAGGAGAGGACGCAGUCGCAGUUACAGUCGCAGUCGUAGCCGGAGUUGGAGCAAGGACCGCAUCCGAGAUCGAGAAAGGGACAGGGACCGAGAAAGAGAUAGGGACAGAGAUAGGGAUAGAGAUCGCACUAGGAGCAGGUCCCACAGCAGAACUCGUUCCAGAAGCAGGAGUAGAGAACGAGAUUCUGGAAAGUUGAAGUAUGAUCAUGAUCGAGUUGACAGAUCAGAGAGUGGGGAUGGAUAUACGCCAGCCGCCCUGGUUUCAACUGCAACCACAUCCCACUUUCCUGUGCCAACACUUAGCAGCACCAUUACAGUCAUCGCCCCAACACAUCACCAUAGCAACAAUACUACUGAGAGCUGGUCAGACUUUCGGCCUGAUCACCCGGUGGACCGCGGCCCUUUUAGUAGGGGACCACCUCCACAACAAAGAAAACGAUGCCGUGACUAUGAUGAGAAAGGCUUUUGCAUGCGAGGGGACAUGUGUCCAUUCGACCAUGGAAGUGACCCUGUUGUAGUGGAGGAUGUCAAUUUGCCAAAUAUGCUUCCUUUUCAACCUCCACCUAUUCCGGGUGUGGACCCCCCACCGCCACCAGGACUCCCACCCCCACCACCACUCAUGAACCCCCCACCUGUGAAUCUGAGGCCUCCUGUGCCCCUCCCAGGUGCUCUUCCACCUAGCCUUCCCCCUGUUGCAGGCCCGCCGCCUCCACUUCCUCCACUGCAGCCAGCAGGCAUGGAUGCUCCUCCCAAUUCCAUCACCAGCUCUGUUCCCACUAUUGUCACUUCUGGGAUGCGCUCCUCACUCCCCCAGGCCUCUGCACCACUCUUCACCUCUGACACUUAUGAGACAGAUGUGUACAAUCCUGAGGCUCCCAGCAUCACCAGUUCCUCCAGGCCUGUCUAUCGCCACAGGGUUAAUGCGCAGAGACCCAACCUGAUUGGCCUGACCAUGGGAGAGGUGGACCAGCCACAGAGAGAUAAAAUCCCAAAUAACAGUAUGAGGAUUGUUAUGGAAUCCGACUCAAGAAAGAGAUCGGCUAUCUCCCACGAUGGAGGCAUCCAUUCCAAGAAGCCUUGGUUUGAGAAACCCAACUUUAACAAACCCAACCACCAGGGCUACCACAAGAGAGCCCCAUUCAACUCCCUAAACGCCAAGCUGCUGGUUCGGCAAAUUCCCCCCGAGCUCAACAACAUCAGCAAACUCAAUGAACAUUUCAGCAAGUUUGGCACCAUCGUUAAUCUACAGGUGGCCUAUCAGAAUGACCCAGAGGGGGCACUCAUCCAGUUUGCUUCUCCAGACGAGGCCAAGCGGGCUAUGCAAAGCACCGAGGCAGUUCUUAACAACCGCUUCAUCAGGGUGCACUGGUUUCGUGAGGAUGGAGCUGAAGGUCACGGUCAGGGCCAGAGCCAGUCGCACUCACAGCAGCAGCCACAUCCAGCCAUGCAGCCCUCAGCCACAUCUCUUAAACAGUCUGUGAAAGACCGCCUCGGACCCCUGCUCACUGUGAACUCCGAACCUUCCCAAGAUUCCAGUGUAGCCUCUCAGAAUCCUUCAAAAGUGUCGGUGAAAGACCGUUUGGGUUUCUCAGCCAAACCAGCAGCUCCUGUUGAGAAGGUUUUUUCUACCUCCAUGGGACUCACAAAGACUGUAUACAAUCCUGUUGCUUUGAAAGCAGCACAGAAAACCACAGAGGACGCCCUGAAGAAGAAACAGGAAGCUCUAAGACUACAGCAGGACGUGAGGAAGAAGAAGCAGGAAAUUCUGGAGAAACAUAUUGAGACACAAAAGCUCCUGAUAUCCAAACUUGAAAAGAACAAAACAAUGAAAGCUGAGGAUAAAGCCAAGAUCAUGGAAACUCUUGGCACCUUGACAAAGAGCAUCACCAAACUACAGGAGGAGAUAAAGGGAAUCUCAGGCAGCAACAAUCUACUCCGGACAGUCAAGAGCAAAGCCCAGGCCCAGAAGGAGCUGCUGGAUGCCGAGUUGGACUUGUAUAAGAAGACUCAGGCUGGAGAGGAUACGGCUAUGUUGAAGAUCAAGUACACACAGCUUCAAAUUGAGGCGGCCAAAAGGGGAAUCCUGUCACCAGGACGAGGACGGGGAGUCCACACUCGGGGCCGUGGAGCUCCCAGGGCCCGAGGCAGGGGUACCAGAGGGCGGGGAAGAGGUGUGCCAGUGCAUGCAGUUGUAGACUAUCGACCGCGAGCUCUGGAGAUUUCUGGAUUCAGUGAAGCGGACCACGUAGACCUACUGCCACACUUUGCUCAAUUUGGAGAGAUAGAAGAUUGCCAGAUUAAUGAAAACAACUUGUCUGCAAUCAUCACUUACAAGACCAGAGCAGAGGCCGAACAGGCAGCGCUUCAUGGAAUGAGGCUGAACAACCAGAGUUUACACCUAGCUUGGCAUAAGCCUGUCAUGAACCUCAAUAGUAAUGAUGCUGAAGAGGCAGAACCAGAGGAAGAUGAGUACCCAGACGAGUCCCUGAGUGACGAUGCAUUACUGCAAGACGACGAUGAAGAGGAUGAUGACAAUGAGCCUCGAUCCUGGCGAAGAUGAAGAACAGCUCCUGGUUGCUCUGGUGUGGAGGACGUGCAGCUGUCCACUAACUUUUCAAGAUUUCAGUGCCGGUUUAUGAUGUAUUUCACUUCUUUGCUGGACUUUUUUUUUUUCCCUCUCAAAUAUGUAACUGGCAUAGCAACAAUGUGCAAGUUAGAUUAAUUUUAAUGUUUACCAGAUACAACAAUGGUGAUUUUUUUUUUUAAUGCUCUUAAUGUAGAAGUAGUUCUGUGCCCUUUCCUUUUUUUUUUCUCCUUUCUUUCUUUCACAAAACACAAAUAGUUUGUCGGGAUAGGUGACAAUGUUCACUUAAAGACACAUUUGCUAACUUGUUUUAAGAAAACAGAACCUGUGUUGUAAUUUGAAAUUGAAUGACAGACUGUAGCUUUUGCAGAAUAGUGUUAGGUUGACUGGUUUAAUGCUCAUGUGUAAAUAUUUUAUGUAUGGGUUGAAAUUAUUUGUAUAAAUGCUUGGCUUCUCAGUUCUUGGCUUUACUUUGAAUUGUGUAAAAAAAGAAAAGAAAUAAAGAAUUGAAAUGGUCUGAUAACAUCCUGCCAAAACACCAAAAAAAAGAAAAAUAGAAAACAAAUGUUGGCAGUGAAAAAAGAAAAAAAAUCCAAAAGAGUGUAAAAAAGACCAUUUCAAAAAACAAAAAAACUUCCUCUUCACCAAAAGAGCAAAACUUCCAACAAACUUCCUCCUUACACCCACACUUUUUUUUUUGUCGGUAAGGUAACUUUUUACAUACCAUAUGAAGGUAAGGGCAUGAAAUAAAUGCUUUAUUCAUUCCUUUAUACACUUUACUCUGUACUGGAGACAGUAAAUCUAAUCUGCAGGUUCAGUCACUGAUAGAAAGAGUAAUAAUGGCUAAAAUAUUUGAUUUUCAUUUUUUUGCAGGAGCAGAGUCUGCAGAAUCCUGACACAGCUGCUCCAUCUCCAACAGCCUUCAGCAUCUGAAGAUUUUAUGAACUGAAUGUUGUAUUUAAUGUUUCAUUUUGUACUUGACAAAUAAAUUAUCAUGUAUGAAAAAUAUAGCAA